AUGCAGCCUAGCCUGGAAGAGGUGACUCAGCUUUCUCAUGACAAGAAGAAUCCAGAACAUCUUCCAUGGCUUGCAAACUCUGCUAGUGAGUGCCAUUCCCCUGAACCUAAAGUUUGUCUGUAUGUAGUCUCCAAAAGGGAUCUUCCAGGUGACUCUGCUGAAGACAGUGGGAACAGGUGGACAUUUGCUGGGCACGUGGGUUUGCUGAAGAAUAGUCCUGAAGUAAUAACAGCAUGGGAGGCCCAGGCGAAAAGGAGAACAGUGUCAUUGUUUAGCAAAGCCAGAAAGCAAACAGAAAAAGCCCCAAACCCUGUAGACACCAAGCAGUUCCUGGAGCAAGAGGUGGUUGUGAACACCAAAAACCCAAGCAAGAAAUGGCAGCCACAAAAGAACCCGGAGGAUCAGAGGCGGGACCAUCUGGAAGAAGGGGACAUAGAAGGAUUCAGACAGCCACGGGGACUUUUCAGAUACAGCAGACAUGUUGCUCCUCUUGAAGAAACUACGUUUUUGCAGGGCAAGAAGAUCAAGCCCCAUUCUAGACAUCCAGUGCAGAUACUGUGCCCCACAUCAUUUAGAGAGGAGGGUCCUGGAGAAGAGCUGAAACCAGUGGCACCGGACCAAGACAAACUGGAAGACAUGAAAGCCUCCAAAGAAGGAGAUGCACAAUCUCAAUUCCUGUGGGAAAAAACUUUCCUGGAGGGACAAGCAAGGGUUUUGGACCAGAAUCUGUGGGCAGAAGCUAAACCCCAGCUCCUUAACAGGAGGAAGAUGCAGGUCUUGGAGGUGUUGGCCAAAUCUAAUGAUAAAGAAUUCUGGGUGGCCAACUCCAGAGGGAAAAUACAGCUGUCUUUUCAGGACAACAAACAGGGUGCUUCAGGAAGAAACACAAUGAAGCAAAAGUGGCAGCCCAGGGAGGAAGGCUGGGACCCCACAAUCCAGGGGACCCCAGUCGCUCUUGCUCCAAAGACCAGGAUGAGCUUGCCACUAGGUAAAUCAAGUAUUACGUAUUCAUAA